AUGUAUGACGAGCGUGUCAAAGAGAUUGAAAAGGAGGAAAAGAAGAAUGGGCAGGAGAGUGGUAACAGUGCUGAUGCUGGCGAUAGUAGUAACGGAAGCGAAAAAAAGGUACAACUGUUAGGCAAGGUCAUAGUGGUUGUGCCGUAUUAUUCACCUCGCCUUGUUAUACAGACUGUUGGAACUGUCCUGAGGGUGUUCUUCCACCCCUGUCUCAUACCGUUCCUUAUAGAUUUGUCUAACAGAGAGAAGCUUGUCAUCUCACUUUCUUUCAUGUUCUUUGACUUUAUAGGUGUGAAUUAUGCCAGCAAUUUUGAUGAAACUAUUGACCCAUCUGAAAAGACUCCUUCUCAGUCUCAUCUUUCAUUUGUGUUGUCGAGGGAUAUCAAUCUUUAUAUUUUGGGGUUUUCGUCUAUUUCCAUUGCCUCAUUUAUUGUCUGGAACAUUUGGACCUGCGAAUUUGAAUUCACCAACUCUUCAUUCUUCCUCCUGACAUUGGCGUCCGUAAAUGGCUUUAUUGGGGGAAUCUUUACUGGAAGGGGUUUGAAUGGUUCAUUUUCCCUCAUUGAGUACUACAACACUCAGACGAGGGCAGACGGAACAAAGAUUAUAGGAGAUGAUAUCAUUAAGCUUGACAAUAUCAUUAACGAUAUUGCACUCUCUCUUGAUUACAUCUUAUGCUUUUUAAUGUCUCUAUUCUCUAACAUUACUGAAAGAUUCAUACUCAAUCACAAAAAUUCCAGAGAGUACAUUCUCAGCAACAACAAGGGCGAUUUAUCAAUCGAAACUGUAAAUGCUCUACUAAUGCAGUUUAAAGGGUCAUUAUAA